AUGAUUAUAAGGUCAACCAUUAACAACAGUAUACGAAGAAUACCAAUCCCCCUCAUACUUAAACCAUCACUUAGCUCCAAGUUUUUCUCAUCGUCAUCAUUAGUCUACAAUGAAUUCGUCCCAACCACAGAACAUGUCAAGUUUUCACAACGAACCACCGAAAAACCAUUAUUUUCAAGAAAGACAUAUCUCAUAGAUAAUUACAAACAUCUCAAUGACACCAAUGAAAUCUUAUUAUUUGUCCACCAUAACAAUUUAAACAAGGCUGAAAAUAAAAAGAUUAGACAAGAUUUGACCAAGUUUGGUGGUAGAUUAACCAUGUUGAAAAACACCCUUUAUCAAACGUAUCUUAAAUCAAGUCAUGAACAAGAUCCAGCCAGUAAAGGAAUGACACACAAGAACAGAAACAAUACUCAUCCAUUAUUGCCAUUAUUUGUUGGCCCCACUGCAGUAAUUAGCGUAUCUGAAUGUGAACCUUACAAAGUGCAACAAAUUGUUAAAUUGUUAAAGAAAAUGAAUGAGAAAUUGAUUAUUGUUGGUGCUAAAGUUGAAAAAUCGUUUAUGGAUAAGUUUCAAAUCGACGAGUUUAAGGAUUUACCUAAUAAGCAAGGAUUACAGGGUCAAUUGGUUGGAUUGUUGACAAUGUUGGGUGGUGUUGGAUUAGUUAGAACUUUGGAGACCCCAGGCCAUAUGGUUUAUUUGACUAUGGAGCAGAGGGCAAAGGAUUUAGAUCCAAAGAAGGAAGAAUAG